GCGGGCGCUUCCUUGCGUCCUCCUCCUCCUGCUCCUCCUUCCCUUCUUGCUUGAGCUGCUGAGGCGAAAGCGAACGCCCAAGCCUCGUUGGUGGCUCUUCCUUCCAUUCGGUCUGCCUUCCGUCCUCGCCCCCUUCUCUCUCUCUCUCUCUCUCCCCCUCCCCAAACCACCGUCUGUUCUUUUUUUUUUCCGGCCUGGGCCUGGACGGAGUGUGAGAGGGCGACGGCGAGCCCUUUGCCCCUUUCCGCCCGAGUGGCCGACUCCCCGCCGCCAUCCGCGCUCCUCCUGCGGCCGCCGCCUCUGGAGUGCCUUCGUCGCCUAGCGGAGCUCGGGCGAAGAAAGGAAACCUCCUUUCCGUCGAAGAGGGAGAGAGGGCGGGCGAGCGGGCGGAGGGCGGCUUCUCUCCGACGUUCCCUCCCUCUCGCUUCCCCCCCCCCCACGCCUUCCUCUCGGAGGGGGGGAGGGGAGAGAAGCGCCCAGAGCCCCGGCGAGGGAAGCCAGACGCGCGCGGAGCUCGCCCGCUCCGGCUGUGCGCGGAAAGAACCAUGCGAGAAUACAAAGUGGUCGUGCUGGGCUCGGGCGGGGUGGGCAAGUCGGCGCUCACCGUCCAGUUCGUGACGGGCUCCUUCAUCGAGAAAUACGACCCCACCAUCGAGGACUUCUACCGCAAGGAGAUCGAGGUGGAUUCCUCGCCUUCCGUGCUGGAGAUCUUGGACACGGCCGGCACCGAGCAGUUCGCCUCCAUGCGGGACUUGUACAUCAAGAACGGGCAAGGCUUCAUCUUGGUCUACAGCCUGGUGAACCAGCAGAGCUUUCAGGACAUCAAGCCCAUGAGGGACCAGAUCAUUCGGGUCAAGAGGUACGAGAAAGUGCCCAUGAUCUUGGUAGGCAACAAGGUGGACCUGGAAGGCGAGCGGGAGGUCUCGUUCGGGGAAGGCAAAGCUCUGGCCGAGGAGUGGAGCUGCCCCUUUAUGGAAACUUCAGCCAAAAACAAAGCCUCGGUGGACGAACUCUUUGCCGAGAUCGUCCGGCAGAUGAACUAUGCUUCGCAGCCCAAUGGGGACGAUCAGUGCUGCUCUUCCUGUGUGAUCCUCUGAAAAGGAGGGGGCGGGAGGGAGGAGUGAACAGCACCACCGCGGUUGCUCUGCAUUGUGUUCCCCCCCUCCUUUCCCCCCCCUUUCUUUUCUUAAAACAACAAAAAAUCUUGAAAAUAAAAAAGGUUUACAGCAACAGCAACAACGCUGUACGGAAAACAUAGCGGCGGCGGGGAACACAGCAGCCAAUGUCAUCCUGUGAAAACUCGAGCUUUUGAAUCGAUUUUGCAUCACACCCGGGUUCUUUCCAGGGGUAUGGCUUCUCCUAGCACUGCUGCGGGUGGUGAUCAGUGUCAUGGGUAUGCAUUGUGUUUAGUUAACAUCUGACUCCCUAAAAAGAAGAAUAAAACCCCACCAAAAAAGAGUCUCGUUGGGGAAGUGUUGGUGCUGUCCGCAUGUACGUGCCAUCGUUUUGAUUGUCGCUUAUUUCUUGUACCUAACCUCUUUACAGAGGGCUGUAUUGGCAACUGAUGACCAGUAGGAAAAGUUUGUGUGUGCCUCCUCUGCAGCUGAAAGAAGGAGGGGAGCUGGUAGUUGCUUUAUAGCAGGAAGAUUUUGAAAACAAAAAGCUCUAGAAGAAUGGAAAGGGAGCCGCAAAAGAGGAAUGUUUUUUUUUUUCAUGUGGGGGAAGUGAACGUCUUACCUUUGUCAAUCGGAACCUAACUAGUGACUACAAAAAAACUUGCAAUUCUGAGGAUUUCUAUGCAAAGUUGGAAUAUCAGUUAACAAGCGUAUCCCAUCCGAAGAAGUAUUGAACGUGUACUACCUGGGACUUUAAUAACACUGAUGCCAAUACAGUGCGCAAGGUGCCAGAAAAAAAAAGUCUGCUGAUUACUUGUGAAAUCUUCUAUUUUGUUUACCUGCUGUAUCGAACGGAGGGAAUGGAAAGCAUUUAUUUGUGUGUGUGUGUGUGUGUUUUAAAAAAAAAUCAGCUGUGAAAACAUUACAGAUCUGCACAAUUUUUAAGUUGUGUGUCUUUUUGGGGAGGGGUUUGGGGGGGGAAGAGGAAGGGCACAGUGAUGGUUCCUCUAAUUUAAUUUGUGGUGGGUGGGUGAGGGGUUGGCAAGACUUGAUUUUGACACCUAGCCCUUGAAAGUACAAAGACUUCCUAAGAUGCCAUGCAGGGCCCAACAGCUACCCUGUUUCUGUAAGAGUGCCUUUGAAACAGCUGUUGCAGCCGGUGCCAACCUGUGGAAGUUCCAGGGAUACUCAGCUAACAAACAAACAAUUAUUUUACCAUUUUCUCUCAGUAAACAUAGCAAACAAGUUGGAACAACAAGGCCUAUUAUUAAUGGAAUUAAUUUUAUUUUGCUUUUCAUUUGACCUUUCCCCUCCCCCCUUUCACUUUCAUUCCCAUGGCUUUCAGGGCUGUUUUGGUUCAAGCUCACAGACAUUUAUGUGGUUUUUGUGUGUACAGCUUUUUUUU